AUGACGAUUUGCACCUUCCCUUACGUGGUGUCAGCUUGGACAAAACCCUGCGAAGGCGCAGAAGGUGAUCCUCACCUUGUCAGAAAGAGUGUUAAAUCGGCAACUUCAUAUCCACAUAUUGAAGAAAUGGUGGAGGGAAUUGUGCUGACAUCUCCAGCUUUGCCUGCUGUUGCUCCCUUUUUUUCUCUUCAAAGGUGCAAACAAGAGUGGCAUCCCUGUUUCGAGGGACCCCGCAGCACUACUGACCAAGUACUCGGACCCCUUGGUCUACCCGGUCCGUCCGUGACGGUCCCGUUUUUGGUUCUGCAUGGCACCGCAGACAAAGUCACCGAUCCACUUGCCUCCCAGGAUUUAUACAACGAAGCAGCCUCCAAGUUGAAAGACAUAAGGCGCUACGAUGGCUUCUUGCACGACCUUCUGUUCGAGCCGGAGAGCGAGGCGAUAGGGCAAUCCACCGGAUGGAGAAGAGAUUAG